UGAAACAUGGCCCAGGCGAAAAUGCACCACCCCGUCUCUUGGGUGAUCUUCGCCGGGAUGGCCGCUCUCCUCCUCUCCCAAGGAGUGCCCGUGCGCAGCGGAGAUGCCACCUUCCCCAAAGCUAUGGACAACGUGACUGUGCGGCAAGGGGAGAGCGCCACGCUCAGGUGCUCCGUGGACAACCGAGUCACCCGAGUGGCCUGGCUGAACCGCAGCAGCAUCCUCUAUGCCGGCAAUGACAAGUGGUGCUUGGACCCUCGGGUGGUGCUCUUGGCCAACACCAAAACCCAGUACAGCAUCCAGAUCCAAGAUGUGGACGUGUACGAUGAGGGCCCCUACACCUGCUCCGUGCAGACAGACAAUCACCCCAAGACAUCGCGUGUCCAUCUCAUCGUGCAAGUGUCUCCGAAAAUCACCGAGAUCUCUUCUGACAUCUCCAUCAACGAGGGCGGCAACGUCAGCCUCACCUGCAUAGCCACGGGCAGGCCAGAUCCAACGAUCACCUGGAGACACAUCUCGCCCAAAGGAGGCUGCGAGGUUCUCACCGGUGGUCGUGCCUCUGAGACGGUGGCCUUCGGUCGGGGUCUGUGUGUGGAUGAAUGA